UUGUGAGAAGCGUCACUGUGUUUACCCGGAAAUGAGAGCGAGCAACAACAGCUGACAAAUAACCGAUUUCUAUCCGCCUAUUUAGUUUAUUAAAAUGAUAAAUUAACCUUUAAUUUGAGUGAAAUCUGCUGAGUCAGAAUGUACAGCGGACUUCUGCCAAAAGGUUUGACGGAGGACGACCUCAGUGACGACGAGCAGGAGGAAGCUGUUGAAGAGAAGAGGACGAUGGAGGAGAAGUGUGAGAGCUCAGUGAUUCGGGACGCACCACUGACUCACACUGUCAGUGGGUCCCCGACAAGCAGUUUGCCCGGUGUGUCCCAGGAAAUGUGGCAAAAAUUUCAGGACCUGCGGAAGAAGAGUGAUGAAAUUAAGACAAUGAAGGUUCAGAGAAAACGAAAAAGACGACGACACAAGAAAGCGGGAACAGAGAGUGCAGAGCCGACAGAUACAAGCAGAGUGUGUCAGGAGGAACGGGAGCAGCACUGGGAUGGGCUUAAGCAGUAUUUUGGUGUAAAUGAUCGAUUUGAUCCCCCUGCAUGUUCCAACCCCCAUCCGAAGUCCGGCCUAGAAACGAGCAUAGAAAAGGCCAUAGCUGAAGGGGACAUUGCAAAAGCAGAGGAGAUGAGCGACAGACUCGCCACUCGAGAGCUGGCUGUGAAAAUCGCUCAAGCCGCUGAUUGCCGUGACUUUGUGGAGCACAAACAGGAAGAGGAAGCUUUGAAAGCAGCGCAGAAGAGAAAGAAGGAUAUAGUCUGGGGGUUUGAGGCGAAACAACGAUGGGAAAGCAAAAGCAACAUGGGCUUCAUGUGACAAACAGCAGAAACACUCUACAGUCCUUUUCUUUUAGAUCAUUUGAUAAAAAUGGUGUUUUUUAAUGAGA